CUGUGUCACCCCAAAGUGAAAGCUGCAGACUUUGAAACCCAUAUUUUCCUUUGUAGUUUAGUUUUUCUUGGGAACAGAAGAAGAGCUUAUGGCUCAAGCUAAGAAGUAUAUGUAUGAAAUUGAUGAGAAGCUCGCAAUAAUCAAGUCUAACUUUGAUGAUAAAUGGUUGUCUGAAAAACAGAGUGAAUCUUCCUCUAAGCGUGGAUACAUGUCCACACAUGGCGAUUCAUCAGCCACUCGGAACAGCAGCAGCAAAGAAGGGCUGCCUAAGGUGAACCAUGUCGAGACAAAAUCUGAGCUUCAGGAUCUAAACAUUCACGGUUUUAUAAACGAGGCCUUGUUCUUGAAGAACUUCUUGCUGAAGCGAAAGGAAUCCGAAGAGUUCAAGACGCUAGCGAUUGUGGGGAAAUACGGAGUUGGGAAAACGACAUUGUGUCAAUCUGUGUUCAACGACGAAGAUGUGAAAAGAGCUUAUCUCCCGAGGAUAUGGGUGUCUAUGUACAGCAAAGAAACAAGAGAAGAUGAAGAUUCAAAGAUAGCUGUGGUGAAGAGAAUCUUGAGAUCACUUGGUGUUGAAGAUGAGAUGUUUGAACGCAUCAAAACAGACGCAGAAGAAGAGAAGAGAGGCAAAGAUGAAGCUGGGGAGGAAUCGGAAGAGACGGUUAAAGAGAAGGAGCUCUCUCGAUUAUUGCAUACUCUUAACUCGAUUCUGAUGUGGAAGAAGUAUCUGAUCGUGUUGGACGAUGUUUGUGAGGAUAACGAGUGGAAUCAGAGGCUCGAUGGUGGGGAAGUUGAACAGGAAAAAUGGCAUCUUUCUUGUGGGUUUCCUAAAGGGUUUGGUGGGAGAGUUAUUGUGACAAGCAGAGACGAGAGAUUGGCGAAGAAGAUAGUCGGAGAAGAAGAGAACCUGCAGCGUUUGUUUCCGAGAUCCGAUGCAGAGAGCGUGUGGGAGAUUUACUAUGAUGCAGCUAAAACACGAGUGAUGGUGAAUCCGAGGUAUCCAGGGAGAUUCAAACAAGAACUUAUGGAUAAGUCUUGUGGUGUUCCUUUGGCUGCUCGAAUGCUGGCGAAGAUUGACCCUGAGAAAGUGGAUGCUUGAUGAAGUAGAAAAGCUUGUAACUUGUAAAGCAAUUUAUCUAUGUAUUUUAAUCACUCUCUAGUCUUCGAAAACAUUUGAAUUUUACUAUUUUAAAAAAUAAUUUAUUAUUCCCGUAA